CCAACAUUAACAGGCAGCUCUCGAGCUUGCGUCGACAGGAAACCAACACUUCUCUCCAUCAACCACUUCGUUGCGGCAACUCUGAGCACAGGCAACCGAACAGACGUCAUCAUAGCCGACAACCAACUACCUAACCACGCUCACCCAACAUAUCCCAGAUCCUAACCGUUGUCAACACCAACAAAGGCAAACACAGACCUCGAUUCAGCAAUCCCAACGACCUCCAACUUCCCAACCAACCAACCCACCAACCUCCAACAAACCAAACCAAACACAACCAAAACAAUGUCCGCCGACGCCCUCCCAAUAUCCCCCACCCGCUUCGCCGCCGCCCUCCCCGAGCUCCCCCUCUCCACCCUCCACCUCAAAGUCCUCGAACUGCGCAACAGCAUCGCCCACCUCGACUACUCCAACGAGCAACUGCGGCCCUUCGCCGAAGGCACCGCCACCGCCACCACUACCACCAGCGCCACUACCGCCGGCGCCACCACCACACAAACCACCGCACAAACCCAAACCCAAACCCAAACACAAGGAACAGGGGAACCCGACCCCGACUGCGUCGACGCCAUCCGCGAGAACGAGGCCGUGAUCGAGCGCAUGCAGGCACGCAUCGCGCUCGUGCGGGCCGAGGUCGAGCGGCGCGGGCUGGGGUGGGCCGAGUUCCAGAGCGCCGAGGAGCGGGAGGCGGAGCGCCUUUUACAGCAGCCACCUAAAUUAGAGGGGGAGGGGGAGGGUUCAGGGGAGGGGAGCGGGGGGUUGGUGAAUGGGGUGAAUGGGGUGAAUGGGGUGAAUGGUGUGAAUGGUGUGAAUGGUGUGAAUGGGACGGGGACGGGUGCAGGUGCCGGUGCCGAUGCGGCGGGUGAGGAGGGGCGGGAUCCGUGGAGGGAUGGGACGUUUCAGACGGGGGUUAUCCGGGGCGGGGUGGUGCACAUGGACUCGGGGUCUGCUGGGCAAGCGUCACAGGGACGGGGCGGGUCGCUUACGGAUGAGGAGUUGAGAAGGCGGAUGGAGGAGCAGUUGAGGAGUUUGGGAGGGGAGGAUGAGGAUGAGGGCGAGGGGGGGUUGCAUCUCUGAAGAGGGUUUUGCGGGAGGUGGUCAUAUUUUUCUAAGGGGGUUGGACGGCGGCUGGUGGAUUGCUUUGCUUGUUUUAAUAUGAUGGAAUGGGUUCCCUCGGGAGCAGCAUAAGAUAACAGCCUUCACAUAAAUACCCAGCUACGGCCGCAGAAACCACGAGAACAAUCUGAUUCAUUGGUAGUGAUGGUGAUGGCAGGGUGGUAAAAC